UACUGUGUGAAAGUGUUAGUUGAUCAGGCGAGUAUCUUACACAGAGUGAUGCCACUUCUAUGUUUUAUUUUUCUCUAUAUCUCGAUGUAAUAUCUAUGACGCGAUUAAGAUCUUUGACUCGAUGUAAGAUCUAUGACUCGAUGUAAGAUCUAUGACUCAAUGUAAGAUCUAUGACUCAAUGUAAGAUCUUUGACUCGAUGUAAGAUCUUUGACUCGAUGUAAGAUCUAUGACUCAAUGUAAGAUCUAUGACUCAAUGUAAGAUCUUUGACUCGAUGUAAGAUCUAUGACUCAAUGUAAGAUCUUUGACUCGAUACCAUGCUCUUACUCCUACCAACAAGAUGGCCACUACUGAUCUGCUUACUAGUAUCGACCCCGGCAGUGUCCUUAAAACACCAUUUGACUUACAGUGAUAUACAAGAUUACAAAAAUCAUACAUGCAAACGCCCUUGCCAAGAUGGUCAGCCUCCAAUGGUGUGCGACUAUGAUUUCCUGAUUGAACACUAUCACACGAUGACAAAAGCCUGCUGGGACUGUCCAUUCAACGUGUCAUCCUGCUCACGACCACACUGUGUUCCAGCCGAUGGAGGUCUAAGAGGAAUCCUAACUGUCAACCGAAUGAUGCCUGGUCCGUCAAUUCAGGUUUGUGAGAAUGACGUCAUUCGAGUUCGCGUGCACAACAAGAUGGAGAACUCCGAGGGAACAUCUAUCCACUGGCACGGACUGCUUCAGAGAGGAACUCCUUACAUGGAUGGCGUCUCCAUGGUAACGCAGUGCCCAAUUCCCGCCCACUCAUCGUUUACAUACGUUUUUAAUGCCAGUACUCCUGGAACACAUUUCUGGCAUGCGCAUUCUGGACUUCAGCGAGCCGAUGGCCUGUACGGACACCUGGUCAUUAGGCAAGCGCCCAGCAAAGAGGUUCACCAUGACCUGUACGACUUUGACUUACCCGAGCAUGUCCUAGUUGUCAACGACUGGUGGCACAGGGACUCCCCUUCCAGCUUUGCCCAGCAUCACCAUAGCAACGGAGACAACAAGCCCAGUUCUGUUCUCAUUAACGGGAAAGGCGCCUUCACCACGUACUAUCACCGUCUGACGGAUCGGAACGUGACAACCCCGAGAGAGAUGUUCAAUGUGACCCUGGGGAAGAGAUAUCGCUUUCGUGUGGCCAGCAACGGCAUCCUCAACUGUCCUCUCCAAGUCUCUGUGGACAACCACAGUCUUGAGAUCAUAGCCUCUGAUGGACAGCCAGUGGAGCCUCUAACUGUGGACGCUUUCAACAUUUUCGCUGGGGAAAGGUAUGAUUUUAUACUCACAGCUAAUCAGGCAGCCGGAAAUUAUUUGAUGCGAUUCAGGGGCAUGCUGGACUGCGCGCCAAGGUUCAAGGACGCUCAGCAGACGGCUAUACUUCACUAUGAAGAUGUCGAAAUGACAGAAGACUUCUCAUCGACUCCUUCACCCAUCACUAAGAUCUUGAAUCCCAUCAACUCUGCUGGAUCACCGACGGAAAUCCCAGUCGUGGAACUCAGGUCUAUGCAGGAUGACGACAUCGCGUUGACCAAGACGCCAGAUAGGACAAUUGUGGUGGCCAUGGAUUUCAAAGCCAUUGACAACCCAAGAUUUCAUAACCCAGAUUUGUACUCCACGAGAGAUUUUCUUCAAGGCAACAGGCAGUUGCAGACGACACAGAUGAACGAUAUCUCCAACAUGAUGCCUCCAGCGCCACCUUUGUCACAGUACCAGGAUCUACCACAGGACUUACUAUGCAAUGCUGAGACCAUGAAGACACAGCAGAGGAAUUGUGGAAAUGAAUACUGCGAAUGCAUUCACUUUUACAAACUCAGACUUGAUGAUGUCAUAGAGGUCAUACUGGUCGACCAGGGUCACAUAUGGGAUGCGAACCACCCCACCCAUCUACACGGCCACGGAUUCAGGAUAGUAGCCAUGGGCAAGCUCGGUUCUUCCACCUACGCCCAAAAUGUCACAGAUUUAGAUCUUUCAGGGAAUAUAACCAGGAAUAUUCACAAGGCCCCGAUUAAAGACACAGUUACUGUUCCUGACGGAGGAUACACCAUCAUUCGUUUCCAUGCCAAUAACCCAGGUAUUUGGUUUCUUCAUUGCCACGUAGAGUACCACGUUGAAAUUGGGAUGGGAUUGCUUUUCCAAGUUGGAGAACCGGAAGAGUUCCCACCUGUCCCACGACGGUUUCCCACCUGCGGGAACUGGGAACCGGAUCAAGAUAUGCCUCAGGAUGUCCAAGUUAAGUCAAGGAACUCUAACCCUCCAGCUAUUCCCUACCACAGUUCUAUUAUAGUGGUUUGCUUUUUGUUCUCGCUAAGUCUAUAACAUUGUGAUUAAGCGAACAUUAUUUAAAGUGUACAAUUAAGGGAACAUUAUUUAAUUGUACAAUUAAGGGAACAUAUGCAAAUUCUACAUCUAAGGGAACAUAUGUAAAAUCUACAUCUAAGUGAACAUAUGUAAAAUCUACAUCUAAUGGAGCAUAUGUAAUGUGUAUAGUUAAGGGAACAUAUGUAAAGUGUAUAAUUAAUGGAACAUAUGUAAAGUGUACAAACAACUAACAUGUAAAUAUUGUAAAAGAAAUGAGAGGCCUGACCAGAGAGACAUCUGUCAAGAUAACUCAAAUAGAAAACUCUCUAACAAGACAAAAACUUGCAUCAUUCCGAUAAUGUGAUUCCCUCUGCAGAGCCAAUGUGUGUACAGUCAUAGAUUUCAUACACAAUAUGUCAAAAGUGAAACAAAAAUGUUUUAAGAAUAUAUAGCAUAUGCCUGUUUAUGCAAAUUGUUUUUAAAGGGUAUGGCAUUUAAUUGUGCAAACAAUGUUCUGUAAUUUUCUAUGCAUAAUAUGUUAUGUUUUUUCAUUAUAUGCCAAAGAAUAUUUCAUUAUUUACAGAGUUUGUGCCUAUCAUUUCAGAGUUUAACAUUUUUAAAAAAUUUAAUUAAGAAAAAAUCACAUGCAGUUUUAAACAUGUAUAGUUUUACUAAGUGUUAGUCUAGAGAAUAUAGUAAUUUAAUAGUUAAUUAAAUGUUUUCCCACGAAAUAAUACUCUCUACAUCUCAUCAUUAUAUUCGCAUUUGUUGGCAAGCCUUUUUUUUUUUACAUUGCCUAGACACAAUUUUUAGAAUUAGAAUCUAUCUAACUGUUAAUACAUUUUUUUCACAUUCUAAUCUCGUCCAGAACUCGAAGCAUCUAUUUUGUUUGCCUUAAUAAAUUGCAAGGCUACACGAAUUAGAAAAUCUUUUUUUUCAAAGUGCCUAGAUUGUAUCCAGUGUGCCUAGGUUGUAUCCACUUUCCAGUGUGCCUAGGUUGUAUAGAGUGUGCCUAGGUUGUAUCUACCAUGCCUAUGUUGUAUCCAGUGUGCCUAGGUUGUAUCUACCAAGCCUAGAUUGUAUCCAGUGUGCCUGGGUUGUAUCAAGUCUGCCUAGGUCGUAUCCACUGUCCAGUGUGCCUAGGUUGUAUCUACCAUGCCUAGGUUGUAUCCAAUGUGCCUAGGUUGUAUUCAGUGUGCCUAGGGUAUAUCCACUGUGCUUAGGUUGUAUCCAAUGUGCCUAGGUUGUAUUCAGUGUGCCUAGGGUAUAUCCACUGUGCUUAGGUUGUAUCCACUGUCCAGUGAGUAUAGUUUGUAUCAAAUGUGCCUAGGUUGUAUCCAAUGUACCUAGGUUGUAUCCACUGUGCAUAUGUUUUUUUCCAGUGUGCCUAGGUAUAUCCAGUAUGUCUAGGUUGUAUCCUCUGUGCUUUGGUUGUAACCACUGUCCAGUGUGCCUAGGUUUUAUCCAGUGUGCCUAGGUAUAUCCAGUGUGUCUAGGUUGUAUCUUCUGUGCUUUGGUUGUAACCACUGUCCAGUGUGCCUAGGUUUUAUCCAGUGUGCCUAGGUAUAUCCAGUGUGUCUAGGUUGUAUCCUCUGUGCUUUGGUUGUAACCACUGUCCAGUGUGCCUAGGUUUUAUCCAGUGUGCCUAGGUAUAUCCAGUGUGUCUAGGUUGUAUCUUCUGUGCUUUGGUUGUAACCACUGUCCAGUGUGCCUAGGUUUUAUCCAGUGUGCCUAGGUAUAUUCAGUGUGUCUAGGUUGUAUCUACCAAGCCUAGAUUGUAUCCAGUGGGCCUGGGUUGUAUCAAGUCUGCCUAGGUCGUAUCCACUGUCCAGUGUGCCUAAGUUGUAUCUACCAUGCCUAGGUUGUAUCCAAUGUGCCUAGGUUGUAUUCAGUGUGCCUAGGUUAUAUCCACUGUGCUUAGGUUGUAUCCACUGUCCAGUGAGUCUAGUUUGUAUCAAAUGGGCCUAGGUUGUAUCCACUGUGCAUAUGCUUUUUUCCAGUGUGCCUAGGUAUAUCCAGUGUGUCUAGGUUGUAUCCUCUGUGCUUUGGUUGUAACCACUGUCCAGUGUGCCUAGGUAUAUUCAGUGUGUCUAGGUUGUAUCUUCUGUGCCUAGGUUGUAUUCACUGUACCUAGGAUAUUGACAAACUGCCUACAGAUAAAAAAAAGGAUUGUGGUGCAGUGAAAUAAUAAACGUUACCCGGCCAACAUGACGUGGUUUGGCCAGUGGAGAGGUCAUCUAUACUCGACUUUAAACUAAACAGUUUCCGAUGCAGAGUAAGCUCUCCAGACGAGACUACUCGUCCUAGUAGACAUGAACACUGACCUGUGACUUGGUCUCCACUAUCCAAAGGUUGCGACAUCGCAAGUCAGUGUUGUGGGCUACUAUAUCGAUAUGUCUCGCUCCAAACCACCGCUUCAAAAUAAGUGACGUCAAUAGUCACACCAGGAUGGCUUUAAGAACAAAACUGCAAAUAAAUAAUCACGACAUAUAAUAAUAAACCAUCUUUCCUUCAACGAACUAAUGUACCAAAGAGAUCUCAAAAUAGAUUUUCUAGAGUAAUGGAGACGGUGACUGGAGUUCUAAACUUGUAAUGUAUUGUUAUAGUUUGUUAUAGUUUGUCCAGGAGAUGCUGAUCAGUUUGUUGUUACCAAUAUUUUGAAUGAACUAUUUUGAUGUUUUCCACAACUGUACUACCUCACACUACAGUUUAAACCCAGAACUCUGGGUAGUGGUCGAGAGGCUAAGUGCGCUUGAACUUGGCUUGGCUUGGCUACCUAGAAAGGGGCUCGAGGUUCGACACCCGACUCGAGCAGAGUUGCGUUUACUGAGCGCCUAAAGGCAGCACGGAAAACCAACUCCUAGAUACCCCCUCCCCCCACUAGUCCACAAAUGAGAUUGGACCAAAGCGCUCUGAGAAUGCUAUAAGCAUGAAAGUAGCGCUAUAUAAAAGCUAUAAAUAUAUAGUGCGUAAAACAAUUUUCAUUUAAAUUCGUUUUAAGAACAGUCCCCCAGAAAAUACUAUUCGCUUCAAAGAUAGCAGUACUUACAGAGGUGACCUUAGCAGUACUCUGGGCCCUGAUAGCAGUACUUACAGAGGUGACCUUAGCAGUACGCUGGGCCCUGAUAGCACUACUUACAGAGGUGACCUUAGCAGUACGCUGGGCCCUGAUAGCAGUACUUACAGAGGUGACCUUAGCAGUACGCUGGGCCCUGAUAGCAGUACUUACAGAGGUGACCUUAGCAGUACACUGGGCCCUGAUAGCAGUACUUACAAAGGUGACCUUAGCAGUACGCUGGGCCCUGGGUGAAUGUUUAACGUAGGGCCAACAUGGCUCGUAAGUGUAAACUUCAUAAAACAAAGGACAACGCUCACAGGCAUGUCUCUACUGCUGUACCUGUAGUUCAGAAGGGUUAUUAUGAUUGUUUAUGAAAAGGUUAUUACACCUAAUGCAGGGGCGAUCGCAUUGUACUUGUGAUUUUAAUUUUUUUUAUAACUUUUUGUUUUAUAAAGAAAAACAAAUGUUGGUUAAACCAAAUUAUGAUAAACGAUAAACUCGAUGUGUAAUAUUGACCAACUGAAUGUAAGGCUCCGUCUCGAGGGAAUGACCCAUAUCUCUCCCGGAGUGCAUUCUUGGACCUUAAUAAAAUGGGUCAUAGGUUCCUUUCCACAUGGCUACCUGGUAGUGUGGUAUGCGCACUGGACUGUCGCUCGAAUGGUCUUGAUGGUCUCGGGUUCAUUCCCUGCUCUCCGCCAUCCCCCCGCCGUUCUGCGGGAGGUUUGAGCUAGGAUGAAAUUAUCUUCAAACCGGAAGGAACAUCCGAAACCGCAAAACAUUUUACAAACAAACUUGCCGACAUUAUUCAAAGGAAUUUCAAAGGAAAAAAAUCCACUUAGUUACAGUUGCUGUUGGAGGGAACAACAUGAUUGUUAGUUCCCAUGUCUAAGUGGAUUCAAUCUGAAGUUUUCCCCGAGGUUAACUUCCAAGCAUUAAAAACAAUCAUUGUCAGGACAAUUUUGUACUUAAAGAGUUAAAAUUGUAUAGCAUAUUAAACUUAUGAACCUUUUGUAUGUUGUUACACAUUAAAACAUAAAUAUGAUAUUUUA